GGGUGUUUAAACUGCGGUGACGGUUGGCGGGCGGCAGCGGAGCUGCGGGGUCUGCAGGAUCAUCCCAGUUUGGUGAAGAUGAUGGAAGAGAACAGAGGGCUGGAGGAGUAUCCCUGGGAUGAUGAGCUCCUGGCCAUGCUGACCCACAGCAAGCAGCCACCCCCACACCACCAUCCCUGUGACCAGGUUUCUGUCCCCUCAGAGGCACCUCCUGCCCCUCCCCAGGCCACCAACAGGCAGCUGGUGAUGAAGAGGAAGGUGCUGAGGCACAGAGCUGAUGGUGGCACCGAGGUGUGGGACGAGCCAGCAGGUGGGGAGGUCACCAGCUCCCCACAGAUCCAUCCUGACGAUGACGAUGACAUCUCUGAAGGGGAGAUGGGGAGCAGCAGCAGCUCCCUGGAGGACUCCCUGUGUCACCAGUGGCCUCAGGACAGCCCCAUUUCCCUCCCGGAGGAUUUUGAGGAGCCAAGUUUUCUCAGUUCCCAGGACAUCACCGUAGAACAGCCCAAAUCUUUCAUCCCCCCCCGUCUGGAGCUGCUGAACCGGGCUAAAACCGACCCAGUCAACAAGUAUUUCGAAUACAAACGGGACUGGGAGAAGUUCUGCAUCCCAGGGGAGGUGCCGAGGCAGGAGCUGCGCUGGAGCGUGCGGGAGCAGAUGCUCUGCCCACCCCCAGCACCCCCCAGGCCCCAGCCCACCCUGCACCCCAACACUUACACCAUCCCCACCCAAAAAAAACGGGCAGCCCUGCGCUGGGGGGUGCGCUGGGACCUGGCCCACGGCCUCCUCCCACGGAAAAACACCUGAGGGGGCCUGGCUUCUUCAUGGAUGAUUUGGGAAAAUCCCCCUUGUGUUACCAAUCCGUGUUGUUGUUUGGUUUUUUAUUUUAAUAAAGGGUGUGGAUGGA